UGAUGCGCCAACACAACCAAAGACACACCGGUUGAGUUUAUCGGAUCUAUAAAAAUGUAUCGAAAAGAUAAUUAAACAUAAUAGCCCAACCCAUGCCGCAAAUAGUCUCUCAAAAUUUGAGAAGAUUUCAAUUCACCUGGAGGAUAAUAAGUGAAGAAUUUGGACUUGAGUGCAUUUGCCAUUUAGCCUAAAAAAACAACACAAUGCCUGUAAAAUACAAAUUGUUGGAAUCGAUUAAUAUUUUUGGAAGUAGUGGUCAAUAUGAAAUAGUAAUUGGAACAUUUAUUGGAUUGUGGUUAAUUUGGUUUCUCUCAAAAUCACGGAAGACUAAACGUGUUGGAGUGAGCGAUGAAGAAGUUGAGAAGAAACUUGCGGAAUGGCGUCCAGAGAGUUUGGUGCCUGAAGUCGAUCAAAAUCAUCCAUUUCUAACACCAAGGCUCGUAUCUUCAAAGAUAGGCAAAAGGCUAACAAUUGAUGGAAGAGAUUGCUUGAAUCUGGCAACUCAUAAUUACUUUGGAUUUUUGGCAGACAAAAGAAUUGAAGAAAAGGCUAUUUCAACGACGAGGAAGUACGGCAUUGGAUCAUGUGGUCCCAGGGGCUUCUAUGGUACCGUUGAUGUCCAUUUAGACCUUGAGGAACGUCUCGCUAAAUUCAUGGAAGCUGAGGAGGCCAUUGUUUAUUCCUAUGGAUUCAGCACAGUUGCUUCAGCUAUCCCUGCAUACUGCAAACGUCGAGACAUCAUUUUCACUGAUGAAAAAGUCAACUUUCCUAUUCAGAAAGGUCUUGACGCAUCCAGAUCAACUGUUAAAUUCUUCAAACACAAUGACUCUGAGGACUUGGAACGUCUCUUGAUUGAGCAGGCACAGGUCGAAGCGAAAAAUCCGAAAAAAGCUGAGAAAAUCCGGAAGUUUCUCGUCAUCGAGGGAAUUUACAUGAAUACUGGACUGAUUUGUCCAUUGCCAGAACUUGUUGCUCUCUGCAGAAAAUACAAACUUCGACUUUUUAUUGAUGAAUCGAUUUCGUUUGGAACUCUCGGUCGCACUGGUAAAGGAGUAACGGAAUAUUUUGGAGUACCCAGGCAUCAAGUCGAUAUGAUUGUGGGUUCAUUAGAGUGGGCAGUGGCAUCGAUUGGUGGCUUUUGCGUUGGAUCCUCGUUCGUUAUUGAACAUCAAAGAUUAUCAGGACUCGGUUACUGCUUCUCAGCCUCCCUUCCACCCCUUCUAACAGCAGCUGCAAUUACCGCCAUCGAUAUCAUGGAACAGGAAUCGAAUGAUCUAUUCACAAAGCUCAGAGACAAUUGUAUCAAUCUCCACACCCGCCUCAGUAGAUUGCACCAUUUUGAGCUUUCUGCCCUACCCGAGUCUCCAGUGAAACAUCUGUUUUUGAGAAAGGAGCAGAAUCGCCAGGAAGAGGAUCAAUUGUUGAAGAAUAUAUCUGAUAAGUGCAUCAACAGGAAUUUAGCGAUUAUAACACCCGUUUAUCUCCAUACUGAAAGGCAAUUGCCUCGUCCUAGCUUGAGAAUAUGUGUUUCAAACACUCUUGAAGAGAAAGAUCUCGAUUUUGCUGUCGAAACGUUGGAGAAAUGUUCAAACGAGGUUUUUCAGUUAUAAUUGUUAGAGUAUUUCUUCCCUCUGAGAAAUAAGUAGGCAUUUUUAUCAUUUUUAUUUACGACUCAGAGCGGAUUAUAUUUAGUAUUUACCUAUCCACACGAACAAUUCCGAAUCAUUAUAAUAAUUCCAAUCAAUAGUCAAGUUAUAUUGGAGAAUAAAUUAUUUCAAUUUAUAUUUACUAAAGAAUUUGUGUAUUCAAUAAUUUGUGUUAAAAAUAAAUUCAUGACACUUGGUUUAAA